AUUAUUUCUUUUAUUACAAGUUCUACACUACUUCCGUUUAGCCACCAACCUGACAAGACGGUCGAUUAUAUUUAAUUUUAAUAAAUUAACAAACUUAAAGACACAGAUGAGUUCUGCAACUGAGCCAAAACAACUAGAAGAUGUGCAAGGUGAUGGUCGAUGGAUGAGUCAGCAUAAAAGAUUUAUGUAUGAAGCCAAAGAGAGAGAGCCUGAAGUUGUAUUCAUAGGUGACUCACUCAUACAACAGCUGCAGUUCUCUGAGAUAUGGGUGAAGAUGUUCCAGCCUUUACACAGUUUAAACUUUGGUAUUGGUGGUGACCAGACACAGCAUGUUUUAUGGCGAGUGGAAAACGGCGAAAUGGAUGAUGUCCAGCCAAAGGUUGUUGUUCUUUUGGUUGGGACAAAUAAUUAUGACCAUACAGAUAAAGAAGUGACAGAAGGUAUUCUUGCCAUUGUUAAAGCCAUACAGGAGAGACAGAGCCAAGCUCAAAUAAUUGUCUUGGGAAUUCCUCCAAGAGGUGAAAAACCUAAUCCACUCAGAGAAAAGAUUUCCAAGAUAAAUGAGGGCUUAUGUUCAAAAUUAAGUGGAACCCCAAAUAUCUCAUUCCUGAAUGCUGAAUUUUCCUCCUUCAUCAAUUCAGAAGGACUGAUAGAUUCAAAAGAUAUGUACGAUUACCUACACUUUACGAAUGAAGGAUACAGAAAGUUUUGUGAGCCACUGGUAGAAGAAGUACAGAGCUUGCUUCAAACAUUUUUGAAGGUUGAAAACACUUCCAUGCAUUCGUCCUCCACAGCCGAUUUGCUAUGUAACGAUACAACGUAAUAUGAACAUCCUACAGAUCGUCCAGAUCUUCAUGGCAGGGCUAGGGUCACAUUAUUUUUGUUCUUUGUAUGCAUUUGUUGUAUAAAGCAGCCAGCAUGCCUUAUCCCUAGCAACUUGAAAUAUUAAAUGCUUUUUUCAGGGAAAUCCAUUAAAAAUGUGGUGUAGCAUAGUGCUUUAAAAGUUUUAAUGUCAAUACAAGUUAUUCAAAUUUUCCUGCCAUUUAUUCAUUGAAAUAUAUGAUUUUUGUCCUCAUUAAACGUAAUGGACUUUUAAGCUUAAGAAGGAAUAUGCACAAUUUGAUGCUGUUAUUGAGGGAUUUUGUUUUUGUUAAUACAUUUAAAUCAUGUUAAAACAGUGACAUAAUCUUCAGAAAAUGAAAUCUGAAAAAAAUGUACUUACACCAUGUCUGAAAAUUGCGUUGAAAGUAUUUGCUCAAAAACAAGCUUAUCAGAUUGUACUUUAAUAUGAGAGGUUCAUACGUUAACAUUGAAUGAAUGACUCUUGUCAUUAAAAGUUAAGCCUGUAUUCCAUUUGAGUAUAGAGCUUAAUAGACAUAUUU